AUGGCUUUCUUCCCCCGCAACUUCUACAACUCCAACGACGCCUCCUUCACCCCCCUCUUCCGCCUUCUCGAGGACUUCGACAACUACUCUCGCCAGGGCAGUCAGAACGGCACCACCACCCGCGGCACUCACCGCAACCACGUCCCGACCUUCCAGCCAAAGUUCGAUGUCCGCGAGGUCGAGGACGCCUACGAGCUCCACGGUGAGCUCCCGGGCAUGAAGAAGGAGGACGUCUCCAUCGAGUUCACCGACCCCCACACCCUCCACAUCCGCGGCCGUGUCGAGCGCACCUACACCGCAGGCACCCCGCCCGCCGGCCUCCUCCAGCAGGGCACCGAGAUGAGCGGCGCCCUCACCGACGGCAAGGAGGAGCGUCCUCGCUCCGCCUCCGCGCACAAGGCCACCGUCGAGGACGAGAACGAGGCCGAGUCCACCUCCGCCAACACCGUCGCCGAGGUUGACAAGAAGAAGGACCAGCAGCCGCAGGGCCCCGUCGACAACGCCAAGUACUGGGUCUCUGAGCGCAGCGUCGGCGAGUUCAGCAGAGUCUUCAACUUCCCGGGCCAGAUCAGCCAGGAGAACGUCUCUGCCAAGUUCCAGGACGGUAUCCUCACGAUCCGGGUCCCCAAGGCUCCCAAGCACGAGACCCGCCGCAUCCAGGUCAACUAA